CUUGCCUUUUUUUUUUUUUUUUUUUUCUUCUCUCUUUUUCUCCCUUUAUUUCCUUCUUCUGUUUUGCAUCUCAUGGCCGGCACCUGCCAUUGAGCGAACCACGCACACGAAACGAGACAUGUUGAAUUGGGCCGCCUGUGCUUAGACCAAGUGCGAGCCGAUUAGUCUUGACUCUUUGUGGCCUCGGGCAAGUCCGCCAAGGAGGGUUCCUGUCGCGACCGUCGGCUUUUCCUUGCUCAACAUUGACACCCAUUUCAACCGGCGCAACUUUUUCUUCUCUCUUUUCCUUCCUUUUCACACUCUUCUCUCCUCGUUUCUGCUCUAUCCCCGCCGCCUUCGCUCUCCCCCAGGGCCGUCUCGGCACUUUGGUACCUGAACCCAGGGGCCGAUCGCUAAAUCCCACCCAGCUCAGGGGGUCGAUUCCACCCAGCCCACAUCGCGCCGCCCAACGAAUUUGGCGAUCCACGUCGCGGGUCCUGUUGCGGCUGCUGGACAGACCAGGCCGCAAAUCAAGGCCGCAAACAAAGCCCGCUGCCGACCCCAGCCGCUGCAACCCUGCCGAUCCCCAGGCCCUGCUUGGGCAGCCAAGGGCCCCCGCGCGGUGCUGAGUGAGGGGCCGACACUUUCUCGGUUCUGCGCAGAUGAUGCCUCCCUCGUCCACGCGAGCGCGAGCCUCCGAUUUCUGCGGCUGACAAGCAGCGCCGUGCCCGGACCUUGCAUGAGAAAGAGAGGGAGAAAGAGAGAGAUAUAUAUACCCAAGACGCCGCCAUCUGCUAUCGAGAAACACCAGCAUGGCCGACACAGCCGUGGCCUCGGCCUCAGCCGCAGCCGCAGCCGCACAAUCUCCGGCCGUUCCGGAGACGCCUCCCCAAUCUCUCCAGCAGCAGGACAGCCUUGCCGGCGCUGUGGGGCACACGCCGCAUCAAGAGCCCGCCUCCGCCAUGGACGCGAACCCCAAGAAUCGCCUCAGUGGGAGGCAGAGGCUGCUCCGCGGCCUGUCGCGCAUAUCGUCGACGCCGUCGCUGGCCCAGCUGGCCACCGGCCGCCCACGGUCCUCCUCCACUCCCCUCUACGGCACCACCCACAGCUUCUCCUGCGUGAGUCUGUCGCCGGCCUCACCCUCGGCCUCGGCCGUGCCCUCGCUCGGUGGCGCCCACACCCCCAUGGGAUCCUCCUACCUUUCCCCGCAGCCUUCACACGCAGAUGCGUUGACGGCGCCGAAUACGGCCCCCGGUACCCCGGGCGCAAGCGACUCGCCACAGGUCUACACAGGCAUUGAGCAGCGGCUGGCCAUACGCAAGCUCGACGGCGCCGCCGCCGCUGCCGCAAUUGCCACCACCAGCGCCUCCACCAGCGUUGCGUUGCCUGUCGAGAUCAGGUCCAGAAAGUCCACCUUUAACAUGUGGGCCAAGAUGCCCCACGAGAUCAAGGUGCACAUAUUCUCUUACCUGCGGCCGCGCCAGCUCGUGCGCUCGUCGCGCGCGUGCAAGGACUUUUACAAAAUCUGCUUCGACGGCCAGCUGUGGACCUCGUUCGACGCAUCCGAGUUUUACAGGCAGAUCCCGGCCGAUUCGCUCGCCAAGAUCAUCGUGGCCGCAGGACCCUUUGUGAAGGACCUCAACCUCAGGGGCUGCGUGCAGGUCGAACACUACAAGCGCGCCGAAGUUGUGGUCAAGGCCUGCAAGAACCUCAUCAACGCCACUCUGGAGGGGUGCCGGAACUUCCAGCAGAGCACCCUGCACAGCCUGCUACGCACCAACGAGCGGCUGGCACGCCUCAACCUGACGGGCCUGGGCGCUGUGACCAACACCACAUGUAGGAUCGUGGCCGAGUCGUGCCCCCAGCUGGAGAUGUUCAACGUGUCGUGGUGCGAACACGUGGAUGCGCGAGGCGUCAGGGCCGUGGUGGAGAAGUGCCCCCGACUCACGGACCUGCGGGCCGGCGAGGUCAGGGGCUUUUACAUCCGCGAGGUCGCCGAGGCCAUUUUCAGGACCAACAACCUAACGAGGCUGGUCCUCGGCGGCUGCGGCGACCUGGACGACGCCUCGCUCCGCAUAAUGAUGCAUGGCGUGAACCCAGAGAUGGAUGUCCUGACGGACCGGCCGAUGGUGCCGCCCAGAAAGCUCCGUCACCUGGACCUCAGCCGCUGCACGCAAAUCACCAGCCAUGGCCUCAGGGCCCUGGGACACUUCGUCCCGGAGCUCGAGGGCCUGCAGCUCAGCGGAUGCACGGGGCUCACGGACUCGGCCCUCGAGCCGGUGCUGGCGACGGCCACGCGCCUGACACAUCUGGAGCUCGAGGAUGUGCCGCAGCUGACCAACGCGGUCCUUUCAGAGCACCUGGCCAAGUCGCCCUGCGCCCCGGCCCUCCGACACCUCACAGUGAGCUACUGCGAAAGCCUGAGCGAUGCAGGCAUGCAGCCUGUGAUGAGGGCUUGCAGGAGCCUGGAGACGGUGGAGAUGGACAACACACGCGUUAGUGACCUCGUCUUGACCGAGGCGGCCGCCAUGGUGCGCGCGAGGGCGGCUCGCUCCAAGGACAAGCUGAGCCGUCCGCGUGUAUCGCUCAACGUUGUUGUAUACGACUGCCAGAACAUCACCUGGACGGGCAUCCGUGAGGUUCUCUCUCGCAAUGCCGAGAUUUUGGCGCCUGGCCGCCCUCAACAGCACCACCGACGCCAGGAUCGCCACCACCACCAGCCUCUAGAAGCCGAUUUCCAACCAAAUCCGAGUGCGAAUAAUGACAGUCGAGAUACAAGUGAUGGUAAUUCCAGCGGCGGCAGUUCUAGCGGCUCUAGCUCUCCCUCGAGGACGCAACCGCGCAGGCCACCACCAAAGCCCGCGACGACACAACCCACGUAUCCCACCGAGAUCAUCUCGCUCAAGUGCUUCUACGGGUGGCAGAUGACGGUGGACGAACACACAAAACGAGUUCUGCGGGGCGACCUGGCGGCGGCGGCGCGGCUGGAACGCAAGUGGGCAGAGUACAUCCAGGCGACCGAGGAGGCCGGGGUCGGGGGCGCCGGCGGCCGGAGACGGAGGCGGAGGGCCCGAGAGGCGCAGCAGGUCCACGCCGACGAGGAGGAGGGCGGAGGUUUCGGCCCACUCGGCGUCGGGCGGCGUCGGGCCCGGACCGCCGCGUGCGCCGUCAUGUGAACAGCGGCAUUCCCGGGAGGCACCUCCGACUCCCCUGAUUUCCCCCUUCCCCUUUCCCCUUUGAUGGCUGUCGUUCAGAUGAAACAGCCAUGGGACGACUUGUGAUAUUUUGGGUUCGAUGACAGGAUGGCCUCGCCCACACCUUUAGCCCUGCUGCCACUUUUCGAUACAUGCAUCUUUCCCCCGUAUACAUAUGGAGGGUACUUGAUAGGAGUAACGGCGUAGAUUUCUAGGAGCAUGUAUUUUCUACUGUUGCCUGCUAUGAUUCAGUCUUAUUUCCUUGUCCUCCAUCCUCUCCUUUCCCACAUCUUCUACUCGUGCAAUUAUCCCUCCCAGCUUUGGGCUUGUAUCAUGUGAACCAUCCUUCAUAUUUUCUCCUUGCUGUUCUAUCCCGGUCGAACAUGCUGUGGCCAUUGCCACCUGGAUAUCAAGGUCUAAGGCAAGUGUGGUUGUACCUGGGCCUCCUCGUCCGGCAGAGUAACGCAAGCUCAUAUGCACAUAGCUGCACCUCGGCAUGACGGCUCGCAACAGACUUUGUUCACGGCCGUGCCGGUUCAAUGCACAGAGAGCAUAUCUCGGCUGCCCUUAUGUCAACCUGCCGCUGGGUCAAGCUUGAGCAAUGCGUGUGAAGACGGACAUGUAUCCAUUCCAUUCAUUCAUUCAUCCGCCCUUUCAUGUAUCUAGUGCAUCCGUCUGCAUGUUUCAAGAGAGAACAAACUCCACAACACA